AUGUCAGCGUCCAUUCUAUCGCAGCACCUGCGGGAGCAGAAAACACAGUUUCUCAGAGACGAUGGUCAUGGUUGGACGAUAGUGGUGGGCAACGAGGCAGGGGAUCUGGACAGCAUUGCAAGUUCCAUAGGCUACGCCUGGUACCGAUCUCAUGCCGAGACUCAAGAUAUUGAAGAAAAGACGGUGGCACUGAUGCCUAUGCCUCGCUCGGACUUUCCCCUCCGAGCAGAGAAUGUCUAUGCACUAGCAAUGGCUGGCGUACAUGAUCCAUUUGACGAGCUCCUUUGUCCGGAGGAUCUACCGCCUGGUCAUAAAUGCACAGACUAUGCACUGGUCGAUCAUAAUAGUGUUCCCAACCCGUCACCAAAUAAACGAGUGGUGGCCGUCAUUGACCAUCACGACGACGAUGGCAAAUACUACGAUACAGCUUCUCUUAGAAUAAUCGAACCAGCUGGGAGCUGCACUUCUCUCGUUACCAGGUUACUCAUGUCUGGCUCUGGUCACACCUCAUUACCCCCAGACCUUGCGGGCCUACUCCUGAGCGCUAUCGCCAUCGAUACACAAGCACUGCGGAAGGGUGGGAAAGCGCUUGAAACAGACCACGCAGCUGCUGCCUGGCUACUGGACCCAUCUAUGCCUGGGGACGUUAUAGAUCACGCUUGGUUGCGCACCCUUGCGGACACUCUACGCUCGAAGAAAUUUGCGGUUUCUCACUUGAGCACAAGGGAUCUCCUUCGGCGAGACUAUAAGCAAUAUACCUUGGAGCUGUCCCCACUUUUAACGCAGGAAAGUGGUGGGCCUGCACAGGUGGGGCUGGCCACGGUUCCCUUAUCAUUGUCAGCUUUCUUCAAAUCGGGGUCUGCAGCGGUGCUGACUGCCACGACCUCGUGGAUGGAAGAACGUGGACUGACGAUCCUCGGAGUCCUCACAACAUACCGCAGCAAAAAAGACAAGGGUAGACGAGAACAACUGUGGAUUGUUAGGGACUCGAAGGGAGCGCCACAGCAACAGAAAUUGGCUCGUACUCUGUUUGAUGGCCUGGAGGCAGAGGCGAGCCUCGCGUUGAAGCCCCGCACGUUUUCUCGGUACGGUUUUGCCAGCACUGUAAACGAUUCGCCUUUUGGCCAGGCGUUCAUUGCACGGGUUUAUAAGCAGAUGAACACCCAUGCCACUCGUAAACAGGUUGCACCGCUAUUAAAACGCAUCCUGGGGGGAUGA